AUGGAGGUGCUGGUGCUGUUGGACUUUGAGGCACCAUGCCAGGACGAGCUCUCGGUGAAGACCGGCGAUGUGGUGAAGAAUGUGUCCCAAGAGCGCAGAGGAGGGACUUGCUGCACGGGGAAGUGCGGGGAAAGAAGGGCAUGUUUCCGCUACCUUUGUCAAGCUAAAAAGACCAAACCGACCCUGAGGUGUGAGGUGGUCUAUCCCUACAGCUCCCAGAACCACGACGAGCUGGAGCUGUGUGCGGGGGAGGUCAUCGAGAUCAUGAACGAGGUGUGGUGGACCCAUCUGUGGGCUGAACGAGGGCUUUGCGUCGUGGAUAGAGAUCUCUGCGUGGACCACUGCUUCCCGAGUACGACAUCUGGACCCAUUUGUGUCCGCGGACUACACCCGGGCGCGGACCUGGGACGCUUUGGACACAGCCAUCCCAACGAGGUAAACGUGGGCGCACCCUCGGAAGUGGACGAGAGUUUUGACGCCAUCCCUCGUACAGCAAAGGAGCGUCCGUGA